CGGCCCGGCACCUCGGGCUGGGCUGCGGGCUGGGGGUGGGAGCCAUGGACUCGGCGCCAGCCUUUGCCAUGGACAAGCCGUUCGCCCCCGGCGCCGUGCGCGGCCCGGAGCCGCCCGAAAACGCUCAAAGCCGGAAAAACUUCAGCGUCAGCCACCUCCUCGACCUGGAGGAGGUGGCGGCCGGUAUGAACGGGACCCCCGCGGCCGGUCCCCCGCCCGCCGGUGGCGGCAAGGCCAUCCCGGAGCCGUCGGGAGGCAGCAGCGGCAGCGAGGCAGCGCCCCAGGACGGAGAGAGCCUGAGCCCCAGCUGCGGGGCAGCCAAGAGGAAGAAGAAGCAGAGGAGGAACCGCACCACCUUCAACAGCAGCCAGCUGCAGGCUCUGGAGAGGGUCUUUGAGAGGACACACUACCCCGACGCCUUUGUGCGGGAGGAGCUGGCCAGAAGGGUCAACCUCAGCGAGGCCAGAGUCCAGGUGUGGUUCCAGAACCGGAGGGCCAAGUUCCGCCGUAACGAGAGGGCGAUGCUGGCCAACAGAUCGGCGUCGCUGCUCAAAUCCUACAGCCAAGAAGCAGCCAUUGAGCAGCCCAUGGCUCCACGACCCACUGCACUGACCCCUGAGUAUCUCUCGUGGACCAGCACCUCCCCGUACAGCACUGUGCCCUCCUACAGCUCCAGCGGGACCGCAACGCCCACCCAAGGGGUGAACAUGGCCAACAGCAUCGCCAGCCUGCGCCUCAAAGCCAAAGAGUUCAGCCUCCAUCAGAACCAGGUGCCGACGGUGAACUGAGCAGGGCAAACCCUAUCCCAUGGCCUCCUCCGGGAUACAGCGUGGAGCUCCAGGACAAAUCCACUGCCUGCCCAACACACAUGCCACUCAUCCAAUGUCUCAGCAUCUUCUCUCCUCUUCCCUUCCCUUCUGAAGGUAGAGUCAGUCCCAGGCCGAAGUGGCACAUAAUUAUAGCCACAUAUGGAGCGAACUUGGUGAGAAACUUGCUUUUCCGCACACCCUUAUAAUAACGGCUAUAUAUACACACAUACCCCCCACGCGCUCUUUGAGGACAAACAGACUUGCCAAGGGAACAAGAAUUUGCUUCCAAACAUGGAAGGAUCUUGGACUAUUGGAUUUGACCAAUUUGGGUAUCUUGCCCAGAGAGCCAAAGAGUUAUUGGGUCUUCUCCUCCCGCAGGGACAGUGUGGGAGGGUCACGGGCCCCCCUUUCCACCAGGCUGUGACUUGUGGCGCUCAACUGUGUGUGCCAAAGCUGAUCCAUGUGUUCGUUUCUUUGUGCGACCCCAGCCACAGUGUGGGGUUUGGGACUUCCCAAAGUUUGGGACUUUGGGAAGCCGAUGGCUCACCCAUGCCAUGGCCAGUCUCGGCCAGCCCUCUGCACUGUGCUUCCUGCAUUUAGGAGCUGCCUAUACUGAUGGCAUCGGGCUUUGUCCCUUGCCAGAGGGGCAAGCAGAGCUGCAGCACCUCAACAGACCCUCCCGGAGCCUGUGAGCUCCCCCGUGAGCUGGGGAUGCGUCGCCAAUCCCCAGGCAGGCACCGCUGCCCUGCCUCGGUGGAUUUGCCAGCGAUUCUGCAGAGCCCCAGGUCAUUGAGCAGGCCCAGGGAAUGAGAAAAUUGGAAAAAGCUGUUGGGUUUCAGCUGAGUAGGCGGCUCCCAGCGCUUCGUGCCAACGAAGGCUUCGCCUUCCGGAGGCACAGCCUCCCCGUCGGCAGCUCCGCAGAUGUGCUCGGGGGUCUGGGGCCGGCAGCUCCAUGGGGGGAGGCUUUUUUGGUUUUGCAGAAAGGAAAUGGUUUCCCCCUCAUCCCACCCUGCUGCGCAGCCUAACGAGGUUCCAAGGUGGGAGGUGCAGGGGAUGGACACGGGGUGGGCAGCCUGGUCCUAAUCCAUGGGACUGAGCUGUGGAGAGACGCAGCCUCCACCUUCCCCUGCCCGUUCCACAGCCAGAGUGCUGAGGUGUGGUGUUCCUGUGGUCAAAGCCCACUGGAAACCAGAUCACCCUUUCCUCACCCACUGGAAAGAGCCACCAGCCAAGCAUGGGGACACCACCAGCUCAGAGGGGUGGCCUGGACAGAGAAGACACAGCCCUACUUCCCUGGAAGGGGUUGGUUUGGGGGCUGCAGCAAUAGAUCUGAGGACAAAUAGAGCAAUUGCUGAGGUGCCUGCUCCAGGUAAACAUCCUCUGGUUGGUGACACCGAGGCUGAAAGUGCCACAGCUACAAAGUGCCCACCUGAGUCCCCAGAGCUCCCUGGGACAUCCUCUCCCAUUCCCACUGGGGCUGUCACUGCAUCUGCAUGUGGGACCCAGUGGCUGUGACACCAGGGCCAUCAGCUGCACCCCUGGCAAUGCCAGCAUGAGGGGACUCAGCCAGCACCCAGAGUUGGAGACCUGAUGGGAUAUCCAUCUCCUCUUCCUGGGCAUUAACCAGCCCAUCCAUCCUGCCUCCAGCCUUCUCUGCUCUACAGUGCAGCCCCCAGCUGGGAACAGCUACGUUCUCCCCCUCAAACCUGGCAGGCAGGGAGAGGGCACAGCCUGAGUGACACUGCACCUCCUCCAGGGAGCAGUGUCACCCCACAUACCCACCCUCUGCCCCCAUCUGUAUUUCCAGGCUUGGUAUCCCUCCCAUCUGUCAUGCCAGCUCCCCACACUGCACAGAGACCUGCCAGGCCAGGGGGAAGAGGGAUCCACUGUGGAUCAAGUCAUCCACGCUGAGAAACACCACUUGGGGCAGGAGGAGGGGGCCAGGGGGUCCUAUUCCCAUGGAAAGCACAGGGCUCUUUUUUCGGUUAUACAAGAUGAAACCACAGGGAUAUAAAUGUCACUGCCUCUUUGAGAACAUUAAUGAAAAUAAACCCAUUUAAUAGUUUGCAGAUGCUGUUUCUGUAAACCUAAAAAAAGCAGGGAAUAAAUAUUUCUUCACUAAAUAUCUAUAUGUAUAUAUAUAUUUGAAAACAUUUGCUCCUAAUCUUAGGGCCCCUCCUUUGCUGUGCUUUUGGCAGCUUAUCACAGCUUGUCAGUCAAUGCUGAACUCACCAAGAAGAGAUACAAAUUGCACCCAUGGAGGGGUAGCAGGACUGAGGGAUUAUUGUAAUCUAAGCUCUCUCUCGCCCUUUCUAUUUGUACAUUUCAAUUACUUGUAACAAGAUCCAUGGUGGAUUUUUUUUUUCUUCUGCAUGUCUGUGUUUUGGAAAUUUUUGUAAGGUUUUUGUAAAAACAACUCUUGUGAAAUAAUGGAGGAAUAAAUAUUUUACUGAGUAGAGACGUGUCAGUGCAUGUGAUAGGGACCUGAGUCUUCCCUCACCAGCCACUGUGGUUUCCCCACCUGCCCUGGACAAGCAGCCUGGGCAGAAAUUGAAUUAAGAGGCAGCAAGGAGGGUCAGAUUCUGUACAGAAAUCGAGCUGAAAGAACCCAAAGAGUGGAAAUAAACCAUCAGAAUGCAGAGCACUUUCCAGGGAGUGAAGGCCCACAGGUGCAGAGCAGGCACUGAGCACCCAAAACAAGAGGAAUCAAUGGUCAGGCAAAGGUGAUACCAAGUAGUUGAGGCAGCAAAGUUAAAAAGCAAAGUUAAACAGGGCUCCAGAAGCUCACAGUGCUGAGCUAUCCAGCAGCAGAUUUAAUGCAAUGUGGAGAGGUGUCAAGAUGUGCCCAGGGGAAACUGUCCCCAGCACAUGCUCAGACUGAGGCAGCGAGUCAAGUGGCAGGAAUUGCUAGGAACGGAUCAGAGAGCAAGGCAGAAAGUGUCCUCACUGCACAAAUAAAGCUUGAAAUCCAUUGUGCCAAGAUAUUGUGGAGAUCAAUGCUAUGGUGCAUUCAGAGAGGGUGAGAAAGUUAAUGGUGGGUGGGUGUGGGUGCAACACAAGGGAUUGAGCAGGGAUUGGCAGGUAUUCAGCUGCCUGUGCAGAAAUCUGCUGCCCUGCCGACUUCCAGGAGAGCUGGGAGGAGAAGGGACACCUGGGUUUCCCAUGUUUCUUUUACUUGCCUUCACCUGCUGACUUGCAGCAGCCUCCUGUCAGGCCAGCUCACAUGGUGUCACUUACAGGAUGGCUCUGUCACCUCCUCCUCCCCCCCAGGCCAUCCUUAAUCCCCCACACAGCCAGGGGACCACCACGCUAUCCCAUGGACCCAGAGAGGCUCAGCUCCAUGGGAGCCCAGGAUCAGCUCCCUCCCAGCAGCAGACUUUGUCCCUCCCAUCACCAGUGGCUGCUGGGACAUGUGGAUCCAAGGUUGAGGAAGGAAGGACCCCUAAACAAUGCAUUCCAGCUGUCCCUGCAGGGGAACAAGGCUCAUCCCACACCAUCCCUGCAGCACCCAGCAGGAGCAAUUCCCCAUACUGGACAUCACCCCAGGCCCACCAUGGUCCCACACACUUGACCAUCCCUGCCAAACUCCUCUGCUGCUAAUUAUUUAUUCAUUCAGUAAGUGGCUUGUAGAUUAUUAAGGCAAAUUGUCCAACCUCCUGCACAAAGAAUAUCACCCAAGCAGCAUCCUCGUGUCCUCAGCACGUGGCCAGUGCAGAGCAUCCCUUUGGAAAGCAUCCAGCCCUGAGUCAAGAGACCCUUGGAAGUGAUGAACUUACAGAUCCCAGGGCAGAUUCCUCCAGUGACUCAUCACUGUUGGCUGCUGGAAAUAUGUCACUUAUUUCCUGCCUGAACUGUCCCAACUUCAGUUCAUCUUCCACUAGAGCAGAAGGUCUCAACCCAUGGUCAGUCAGCUCCCAGGAGCUGGUGGACAUCUGAGGGAUCUCAAACCAGGGGACAGACAAGUGUGGAGAGCUGCAGCUCACCUGGCAGGGUCUGCACUCCACGGGGGAGGGAGAUACUGGGGGCAUUUUUCCUCGCUGGAAGGGCACAUCCAUCACCAGUACUAAUUUCAGCAGGACAGCUGGUCUCCAUCCAUGCACUACGACUUUGGGAGUGUGGGAAGAUUGCAAAGACAUUUGCAAACUGUUUCCUUCCUCAAAGCAGUUGGUUUUCAACCAGGUGAAUCCAAAAGGGCGGGUCUCAGGUGAUGGGAGGAUCUUUCUGGACCCCCUUCCUUGUUUCUGACCCCACAGCCUGACACUUAUGUGUGACUUGCUGACUGAUGAAAAGUUGAAGUUUGCCCCUAGAAUAUUUUAAUGAGAACAGUUUUGUGUUGUCAUCAGCAUAGGCUGCUACAGCAGCAAGACAAAACAGAGCUCACAUUUUCCAGCUCACGGGGACACCCGCCUGGUUAUCCCGGUCCAGAAUGAAUUACAGACAAAUCGUGGUGACAGUAUCCUCCUUUUCCUUUAUCCUUGUGCUGCUGAGCCCUUCUCCCUCUGGUGGCAACGGGAAGAUCUGAAGACCCUCUGAAUCCUGCUGGCAGCAUGCACAAACUGCAGGAACACGUUCCUAUGACAGCACCGUGUCACCUCCCAGCAGCAGAGCUCCUCCUGCCCUUUGGAGCAGUGCUCCUGUCCUGGGGGUCGUGAUGCUCACCCCAAACUCCACAUUCCAUAUGGAAGGAGCAUCUCCUCCCUGCAGCAGAUAUUUUGCUCGCUGCUGCUUCUUUCCAACCCCACAGGGAAGCAA